ACCAUUAAAUACAUUUGUAGACUCUUUCAUUUCCGCCAACAAACGCCAUUUGUGUUGUGCCAAAGUGUUCCGGCGAAAUAAGCCGUCCAACAGCACCGACAUUUGAGUGCACCAGGUGACCAUCCGCUCCAUCGUCGCCACGAAGACCGUGCAGUCAGUUCACCACCGCCACCCCGUCACCGCAAGAGUUGUGUCGCCUAUCAACAGGUGAUCAUCCACUCCAUCGUCGCAACGAAGACCGUGCAUCCAGUUCACCACCGCUACCCCGUCGCCGCAAGAGUUGUGUCGCCUAUCAAAUCGCCACCGUUGGCGAUCACUUGGAGAUUGUACCUCCCGCAGCACCACCACUCGCCACAAGGAAGCCCACUGCGCGCCAUUUUGGUCCUUCUGCGCCAGCAGACCCCGAACCAGCAGGAAGUAAAAAAUCCCUAUUACAAACCAUGGACGACAGGGGAACCCCCACGCCAGCGCCGCGCACAUCGCUCGCUACAACAUCACACACUCUUACACCGGAAUAGUACACCGGCAGCUCGCCGCACGAAUGUGAACUCCGCAGUGCAGCCCCCCAAACGCCUGGUCCACACAAAUAGAAACGCUCCCCAACGUGGGGGAUCAGGGCGUACACCACCGCGCUUCAAGCACCUCGGACACCAUACCUCAGAGUCCGCAAAUGGAAAACGCACCGUUCGACGUACCGCCCGUGGGCUACAAACUGCCUCCUAUCGGGGUAAAGUCACCAGCAUCCUGGUUCAUGAGGCGAUGCGGGCUCUACAGGAGCUGAAGGAGGCACUAGCCGCUUAAUGCGUCUAGGGCCGGCAGGAUGUUGGAGCGACCAAUGCGGAAACCCGUCCACAGUAUUUCAUCGAAUGUAUUUAUUGAAGUUGUAUGCAUUCAUAUCUAUGCGAUAUAUACGCUAGCACCCUAUGUAUGUAUUUAUUGAAUUUGUAUGCAUUCAUAACUAUGCGUAUCUACUUUUGAAUUUGUACUAAAACAUCUACCAAAUAUGAUUUUAACUUUUGCCAUUGUAUCUUUUGAAUACCUUUGAAUUUAUAUUUAUCAAACUGCAUACAUUGCACUUGGAAUUAUAUUUAGUGAACACUUUAUGUAAGCAUUAUUGUACGUUAUGAUUAUUUAAGUAGUUGGCAACGCGGGAGCUAUUCGCUAGCAAGAGCACUCGCUGUAUACACAUAUUGUAUGUAUGUACAUACUUUGCAUUUGACAGAUGAGUUUAUAUUUUUCCUUUCAUCAAUCGUUUUUUGGUAUCCACACAAAGCUGCAGUGCUCGUGCGCGAAAUAGUUAAGCGAAAUCCUAAAUAUCCGCAUAAUUUCUACCGUUUCUAAAAAGAAGUCGUAGUGCUCGUGCGUGAAAAUCAUAGACUCUCAGAACAUAUAUUUAGUUCAUCCGCAUUUUGUAAUUUAACCGCAUACGGCUUAUUAUAAUAAAUUUGCUUUGUAAAGGGCGUACAAAUAAAGUACCAUUAAAUACAUUUGUAGACUUUUUGUGCCAAAGUGUCCGGCGAAAUAAGCCGUCCAACAGCACCGACAUUUGAGUGCACCAGGUGACCAUCCGCUCCAUCGUCGCCACGAAGACCGUGCAGUCAGUUCACCACCGCCACCCCGUCACCGCAAGAGUUGUGUCGCCUAUCAACAGGUGAUCAUCCACUCCAUCGUCGCAACGAAGACCGUGCAUCCAGUUCACCACCGCUACCCCGUCGCCGCAAGAGCUGUGUCGCCUAUCAAGUUGCCACCGUUGGCGAUCACUUGGAGAUUGUACCUCCCGCAGCACCACCACUCGCCACAAGGAAGCCCACUGCGCGCCUCUUGGAAAUAGCAACAACGCAAACAGAAGAGGAAGUGACGAAAAUGUUCAAUACUUUUGUGGUGAUGUAUGGUAAAAUAGCGGAUGACGAAACUCGUGUUUUGCCACAAACGCCCCAGAAAUCAUUCCUCGAUUUCGAGGAAGAAAGUAACGAUGUUGGCAUACAGUGUAUUUCCGGAGACUCAGAAAAUUAUCUUGAGGAAACAAUUUUAUACUUAAUCGAACGAGACACAACAACAAAUUGUCUAAAAAAACAUCCAACGAUUGAAAACGUUUUUCUUAAAUAUAAUACGCCAUUACCCUCAUCUGCGCCCGUAGAACGGUUGUUUUCAUUCGCUGGGAUUGUGAAUCGUUCCAGAAGACAAAAACUUAACGAUGUAAAUUUUGAAUUGCUUGUUUAAAGGCAAGCUAACAGCUUAUAAUAAAUACAUAUGUUCAAAAUAAACG